AUGUCCAACCGAAGCACCGUGACCGAGUUCCUGCUCCUGGGGUUCUCAGACAUCUGGGAGCUGCAGAUUUUGCACUUUGUGGUGUUCCUGGUAAUUUACCUGGCAGCCCUAAUGGGGAACCUUCUCAUCAUCUCAGCCAUUGUCCUCAACCAUCAUCUUCACACCCCCAUGUACUUCUUCCUUAUGAACCUGUCCGUCCUGGACCUCAGCUCCAUCUCCGUCACUGUCCCCAAAUCCAUGGCCAACUCUCUCCUGAACACAAGGAUGAUUUCCUAUGCUGGAUGUGUUGCCCAAGUCUUUCUCUUUUUAGUCUUUACUUCAACUGAUUUUGCCUUGCUCACCGUCAUGGCCUAUGACCGACAUGUCGCCAUCUGCUACCCGCUGCACUACGAGAGAGUGAUGAACAGAAGAGCUUGUGUCCACAUGGCCGCUGGUGCCUCGAUUGCUGGUAUCGCCUACUCUGCCCUGCACACUGGGAGCACCUUCACGUUACCCUUCUGCCAGUCCAACGUCGUCAACCAGUUCUUCUGUGAAAUCCCCCAGCUCCUCAAACUGGCCUGCUCCGACUCCUACCGCAGUGAAAUUGGGGUAAUUUCCUGUGGUGUGUUUUUAGCUGUGGAUUGCUUUGUUUUUAUGUUUGUGUCGUAUGUUCAGAUCUUCAGAGCGGUGCUGAGAAUCCCCUCGGAGCAGGGCCGGCACAAAGCCUUCUCCACCUGCCUCCCCCACCUCGCUGUGGUCUCCUUGUUAUUUUUCACAGCUGUGUUUGCCUACCUGAAACCCCCCUCUAGUUCAGCACCUAAUCUCAACCUCUUGGUUGGUGUUCUCUACGCCGUGGUGCCCGCCAUGCUGAAUCCGGUCAUCUACAGCCUGAGGAACAAGGAGCUCAAAGCUGCCCUGAAGAAACUGAUGGGGUGGAGGUUAAUCUCCAAGAAGUGA